AUGUCGUCCGUCAAAGUCCACCAGUACAAACAGUGGUCCAACCAUGACCCUUGGUACAAGAUUUCAGUCACACAUGAAGAACAGGCUCAGAAUUUCUUCUUCCACCAUUAUGUUAUGUGCGAGUCCGGACAAACUCAAACUAAUCCUGACUGCCAUGGUAUCAUCUACAAACGAGCGACAGAACCCGGAUAUCUGGCCAAUCUCGUCAACGCUGUGGGACUAAAAAUAACUCUCAAUUCCAAUGAUAACUCAAGUUCAUGGAAUCGACAUGUCGAUGGUGCCUUGGCACUAAUACGGCUCCGAGGAGCAAGUCAGUUGCGCAACAGGGUCGGUCGAGGUAUUUUCCUCCAUUUACGCACUGAAAUACUAAUCGACUGCCUCCAGCGCAGGCUACAAGUACCAACCAUAUUGGUGAACUCAAUGGCCGAGGCUCGAAAUUAUGAGUCAGCACAAGAAGCACCUGCUGCUCGACUGGCAAACAUAGUCGUCAACAUCUGUGAUCUUCUAUCUUCAGCGAAGAAGGAUACCACGAACAAAACGAAUUUGUCUUGCUAUAUUUCGAGACUCUUGUCGAUUGAUACUGACCUAGAGGACUGGACUAAAACUCUCCCAGCAGAGUACAAGUACACGGCUCUAACCAGUCCGGCCGGCAUGGGAGACGCGGAAGUGUUCAUGGGACGUUAUGACGGAUAUUCCAACAGGGACUUCGCUCACACGUGGAACUUGCAACGCUGUACACGUAUAGUUCUCCGCCAGACGCUUAUUGAAGCGAUAUCGAAACACUUCCACACACCGUCUUCACCGUCAAUGGUGCCGUCCUUACCUUUGUCAUACGAGCACUUAUUUCACACUUCAAACACUAUUAUACAGAAGAGUUCUGUUGAAAUAUGCUCUAGCGUUCUAUAUAUCCUCCACUCUGGUGGAACAGCGCACACAGCCAGCCAUACUUUGAGAAAUUGGGUUCUUUCAAUCAUGGAAAGAGCUGAAAGUGUCACUGGGAUUCAGAAAGCGAAGCUUAUAGCCUCGACUAUACGACGCUCUCUAUAG